AGAGCUCCAUUCCGAGUCUGCGGUAGUGAGGACUGUGAAGCUGAGCGCGUGAGCGGAGCGUCGCAGAGUUUUUGACGGAAAACUGAUGGGACCAACAGGAAAAGUCAGGAACCAACUUCGCAAACAGUCAGGUUUUGGGGCUCAUUGGCGAUGGGGGACAUGAAGACCCCUGAUUUUGAUGACUUGCUAGCGGCUUUUGACAUGCCAGACAUUGACGCACAGGAGGCUAUUCAGUCCAAUCCAGCCGAGCAGCGCGAUGGAGGGGUUACUAAUGCGCCCGGAGGAAGCAAGAAAGGGACUGCCUCAUGCUUCCCCAACUCUGAACCGCCUGUGGUCAGCGUCAUUGUAAAGAACACGGUUCGGUCUGAGUCUACUGAGGAGAAGGAAGACGAGGAGAGGCCUGCCAGGGAUAAAACUGAUAAUCCUCCAAGCAGUGUCUCAGCCUCUCAGGUUCCAGUCAAGUUAGAGGAUUUCACUUCAGAGCUGGAACACAAACUGCCUGCCAACACUGCUGCCAUGGAGCCUCAGAUUACCAAUGGCUUUGAGGAAGCUGAUCCAACCGAUCCAGGACAGGCCAACACAGAACCAUGGUCUAAGCCUCCUUCUUUCAGCUCCACACUGAGUGAUAAUGAGGUCGAUGCAGGACCUGAACCUACCACUGAUGUUAUUGACAGUUUGUCACCUCUUCUGUACCCGCAGACCACCUCCGCAGGUGGUACCACCAGAUCAUCUCCUCGGUCCCCACCUUCCUUAACCCCACGCUCUUCUCAGCCGGAGAAACCUGCAAAUACUUUCUCUCCUCCUGCAUUACACGAAAAUGGAAGACUGACAGAUGAGACGAAAUGUGUCGUGGACUCUGAAGACGAGUCAGAUCCUGACUUUGGGAGCCCACUGGUGAUUCAGGAGAGCCCAGAAUCGAUGAUGUUCUCUCCUCCAAAACGCAGGCGGCGAGAGAAAGUACAUCCUGAUCUUCCUCAGAUGCAAAAAAACGCAUCUUCUCUUUUCCCUCAACCUCCUAAUCUCUCUGCAAAGCCUAAAUCCCCAAAAGAGGAGAAUGAACAGCCCGACUCUCCCCUCACACCUCCACAACCCCUCCCUUCGAUCGCUGGGGUUAAAGAGGAGAAAUAUCCAGAGCAUGUGAUCGACGAGAGAGACUCUCCUGAAAGCCCCCCACCGAGUGAAACAGGGGUUCUGUUGAACAGAAACGGCAGCCCCGACGUGGGUUCAACUAAAUGCCCAGACCUGAAUCAGGAUGCGCCCCCACAGAACAGGAACGAACCAGCUAAAACUGAGCACAGCGAAGAGGAAAAAUCAGAGGAAGCUGAAAAUCUGAUUGAAAAGAGGACAGCAGAUGAAGAAAAAUCAGAAGAGGGUCGCCACACGGCUGGCGAGAACGCAGAGACGCCCUCUCCUCUGAGACCACUUAAAGUUAAAAUCAAAAUGCCAACCGGCAGCAUCACGAGGACAGUUACUAAUCUGACUCCGAAAAGAGUCACAAAAGCCUCCGUUAAGGAUGCAGAGAGCUCUAAACCGUCACCAGAAAGCCAAACUGUAAAAUCCAAAAAGAAGUUGGCACAGCAGGUGGAGUCGCCUGCAACUGCAUUAAGAGAUGGUGUUAGUACGGUGAAGGAGAGGAAGCAGCGAGUGUCCCCUACGGCUGUGAGCAUCACAAAAACCACAACGCUGCCGCCCGUCUCUUCCUCCUCCAUCUCCAGGGACAACCCAGGGGCCAUCAACCUCCGCAGCCUUGGGAAAAAAACUCUCAACAGUGGGGUCCCCCUGCCAACGCCUCUGGCUCCUCAAACCAGCAACAGACCGGCAUCUAUAGUCAACAGCACGGGGGCGAUCAUUUCGAAGAGUCAGACCAACCUGGUGGAAGCCUUCAACAAAAUCCUCAAUAACAAAAACCUCCUCCCCUGUUAUAAACCAGACCUUAGCACCCCAGUCCCGGCAGAAUGGGGCAUUUCUCUUCCUGCACAGGGUUACCGCUGUCUAGAGUGUGGUGACGCCUUCGCCCUGGAGCACAGCUUGGCGCAGCACUAUGACAGGCGCUCGCUCAGGAUUGAGGUGACAUGCAAUCAUUGCGCCAAGCGGCUGGCCUUCUUCAACAAGUGCAGCUUGCUCCUGCACGCCCGAGAGCACAAAGAGAAAGGCCUGAUCAUGCAGUGCUCACAUCUGGUCAUGAAACCUGUACCUGUAGAGCAGAUGAUCAGUCAGCCUGAACCGACAGCUGCAGCAGGGGGCCAGGUCACUUUGAAGCUGUCGCAUCAAGCUGUACCUUCCAGUAAAGAGACGGAGACGCAGCAGUCUGCAAAUGCUAAAUGCUCAGAGUGUCAGGCUCAGUUUGGCAGCAAGGAGGAGAUCGCUGAUCAUUUUCAGGAGAUCAAGCCUGCUAAAAGCACUUCCUGCACAGAGUGCUCUCCUCCCAUGCUGCUGCCCAACAGCUGCAGUGCAGCAGCACAUCAGCGGAUCCACCAAAGCUCUCCGCCGUAUGUCUGCCCAGAGUGUGGGGUCACCAUCAAGCAGCAGCUGCUUCAAAAACAUCUACAAGAGACCUGCUUGCACUUUUCCCGGCGCAUUGGCUACAGAUGCUCCAGUUGUCUGGUGGUGUUUGGGGGGCUGAACUCUGUGAAGUCCCACAUCCAGUCCGCUCAUUGUGACAUGUUCCACAAGUGCCCCAGAUGCCCCAUGGCCUUCAAAUCUGCCCCCAGCAUCCAGACCCACCUCUCAUCUCAACAUGCGGACCUCACUAACAUCAAGGCCAUGCUGAUUUAUAAAUGCGUCAUGUGUGACACUGUUUACACUCACAAGCCGCUGCUGUACUCUCACUUUGACACUCACUUAACCAAUCAGAAAGUGCACGUCUUCAAAUGCCCUGAGUGCACAAAGCUGUUUUCUCAGAGGAAUUCAUUGCUGGAUCAUUUCAAGACCCACAAAACUUCCACGUUAAAAGAAGAGCUGCAUUCAUCUCAGACCGCUGCCCCACAUUUACCUGGGAAACCGGAAGGCUCACAGGAAUGGAUAGAUAAAGACAAAGUGAAAACUGAAAGGAUGAAAGCCCCUUCAGUGUGGAAAUGCCGUUCUUGCAACUUGCAGUACACAGAGCGGGAGGAAUACAUUGCUCAUAUGGGUGAACUGCACGGCAAGUUCCUGAAGAAAUUUCCCUGCAACAAAUGUGAGAGCUCCUUCACAACCACGUCCAGUAUGAGGCGCCACAUCAGAGAUAAGCACAAAGUCAUGAACCGAGGCUUCCGUUGCCAAUAUUGUUCUGAGAGUAAGAAAACCUUCAGCAGCAGAUCGAUGUUGGAGCGGCACAUGCAGAUGAGGCACAGCAUGACCAGCCCGGGUCAGGACUCCCUCAUGGAAGCUGACGGAGCUGACAGCUCUUCAGAGCAGGACAGCAUUCUGGUGUCCCGCAGGAGACGAAGAGCAGCUGUGAAGAUGGAGCAGGAAGCAGAGGCGACUGACACCUCAAGCCCCGUGAAGAAACUCCGAUCCUCCACCUCUGCUCCAGCGUCUUACACUCAGCCUGAGUCCGGGUUCAGCUGCGCUCCAUGCGGCUUCACCACGGAGGACAAGCCAACGUUCUUGGAACACAUCAGCCAGCAUAGGCGAGGGGGGGCGGAGGGCGGCGGCCUACAGUGUCUGCAGUGCGGAGCCUGCUUCACUUCUCCGUCCUCCCUGUCCCGCCACCGCUUCAUCAUUCACAAAGUCAAAGAUGCUUGCAGCGACAGCCAGCAAACCUCCAGUGUGUCUCCAUCGCCCUCUGCUGGAAACAAGAACCAUGACGACCGGAGCUCUGUGAAAUGUUCAGAACCAGCUUCACCCUCCGGUCAACCUUUAGCAGGUCAGGGGAAGGAGGAGGACGAACCUCUGGCCUGUAAGGUUUGUGGUAGACACUUUGAAAAAUCAACAGAUCUCAACACACACUUCAGAACUCAUGGGAUGGCUUUUAUUAUCGCAAGGAAUGCAGGGAAGACCACCUAGAAUGGGUAACAGAAAAGAAACGGCUGAUUUGUCUGUGCCUUUUUAAUUCUGUCAUGCAUGUGAGGGGGGGCUGCAACUAUGCACUAAAUCAACCAAAGAUUGUUCUUUUAAAGUUUAUAUAACUGCUGUUUGUGAAAAGCCUUAAUUAACCCUCUGAUUCUCAGGAUCUGCUGCUUACUUUCACUGUUUUGUGGCGAUACUGAUCCGAUAGAACCGCCUGCUCAGUGCUGUGACCGUGUUUACAUGAAUUAUGUGCCUGCAGAAAACUGUUGCAUCAACUCAGUCAUGCUGUGAUCAUAGAAACAGUUUCAUACGUUUGUUGAUACGGAGUUGAAUUUUAAGUAGAUGAAUCAGCAGGCCUUCUCUAAAAUGUGUAACUUAACAAUCACUGCAGCUGUUUGACUUCUGUUCUAAGUGUUUUAUUUCUAACUGGUUUAUCUUUCAUGGAGUAUUAAAGCAGGUUUCUACUUAUUUUCAAUUCCAAAACUCCAAAAUGUCUGUCUUCUAUAUUUCUCUGACCGUUUGUUACCUUUUGCUUGUUUAAAUAGAAAAUGUUAAACUGUUUAAUUAGCUGUAUAUCCCAUAAAUCAUGAAACAACACUUUUCUGAGGUUAUUUUCUGUAACAAAAGGCUUUUUUUUUUUUUUUUUACUUUAUUUGGAAUUUAACCUUUAUUUCCAAAUGUAUAUAUGUUUACAUGUCAAUUCAGAUUGGAUUAUAUUACACUAGAUUAUUUUAAAGAGUUUUGUAAUCUUUUUCCACAGAAAUGUGUCAAUGUCCUCUUUCAAACUCAAAUCAGAGGUUCGAGGGGCCAAAAUAGCAGUGAGGCUGCACGUCAAUAUGGUUUUGUUAAAAGGUUUUGAAGGUCAAAAAUUUUGAAUGAAAAGUUAAGUUCUGCUCUGGCAAAUCACAGAUGAAAAUAUCUACAGAAACAAAAAUGUUUGGAAAAUCUACUGUAUAGAUGAACUGUGACGUACAAGAUCAAAACUAAUUUAUAUUUUAAAUUUUCAUAUUGAAUUUUUUUUUUUUUAUCUAACAACAGUUAGGGUCCACAAAUAGUUUGACUGAUCUACUGUAUCUAUGAAAACCUGAAUUGAAUGUACUUUCUGUAAAAUUAACUGUCCUCUCAUUGGCUGAAAAAUUAAACGAACAUUUGAUACUCAAGUAAAUACUUCUAUGAAUUUUGCUUUACAGCACUGGAAGCCAAGAAUACAUGUAACUUUUUUCUUUUUAUCCUUUUCUUAGCCAAUAGCAUGUUGAGGACUGUUCUUUAGUUCUGUGUUAAACAUUAAAAUAAUUCUUGAG